AUGAGCAAAGAAGGAGACUGGAUGUGCGGUUCAUGCCAACACUUGAACUUCAAAAAGCUGGAUUCGUGCCAAAGGUGUAGCUACCCCAGGUAUGGCGGGACUGAUGUGUCAUCAUACGGGAUAAAUCAAACAGAAGUCUUGGCCGGGGACUGGUACUGCACUGUUGUGAACUGUGGAGCACACAAUUAUGCCAAUAGGACAAGCCGCUAUAGGUGUGCUGCAUCAAAAGAUAGUUAUGCAGCGUAUGGGGGUGGCAUGAUGGGAAUGGGAGUUUAUGCAUACGACGCUAGUGUCUCUCUUGGUUGGAAAACUGGUGACUGGAUAUGCAGCAGACUAGGAUAUGGUGUACACAACUAUGCCUGUAGGAUGGAAUGUUUCAAAUGCAAGACACCUAGGGAUUUUGGAGGAACAGUUUGAGGAAG